GAGACUAAAAGAACUCAGAGCAGCACUGAACAAGCCAGCAGAGCCGUCCACUCACCCCUACAGUCUCCACAGACAAAGUCCAUGAAAGCAUUGGCCAUUGGCUCCCACUGGUUUCUGCUCCAAAUUCACACACUCCCUCCUAUCACCAAAGCCACCUGCCACCACUGGCCUCCUGCAUGCUGUGGGAGGAGAGCAGGGCAGACGACGUUGCCUCCCCUGACUCCAGUGGCGCGGGUUUGUGAGUCCAUGGGGCGCAGAUGUCCAGGGAACCAUCUGACGCAGCGUGAGGGCAAGGUGAUGCAGUGGCAUCCCCCCUUGAGAUGAGAGAAAGCUGUUCUGGGCUUCCAGUGAUUGGCAGCUGAGGUCAUUCCUUUGCCCCCACCCCCACCCCAAGGCUGUACCAGUGCCCCAAGUUCACCUCAAGGAUCACUGCAUAGCAGAAGUGAGUUUUACUUAGGUUGAGACACUCACAUAUAGGGAAUGCAGAAUAAAUCCCAUCCCUUCCUCAGCCAGCAGGGGCAAGGCCCCGAGAAGGAAGACAUCGCGUGGGGACAGACCAACCUCAGGGGCCUCUCACAGGGCCCUCCCCAUCAUCACUCACCUCUCUAUUCAGCAAACACUCAAUGAGACAACCGUGGACCCUAGGGAUGCAACGGUGAAGGAGACGCAGCCCUUUAACACCUGGCAGGGCAGAGACACUUCAACAGCCAUUGCCAGCCCCAGUGAACAGUGUGAUGGUAGGGAAACCCAGCA